UCUCGUCGCUACACUGCAGGAGCUAUUCAAGCCUUUCCUCACUCCAGAACGCACCUGGGCACACGCGCGGUGUAACAGAAUAUUACCACUUCGAUCGGAAAACAGGUGGUGGUAAAAAGAUGAGAAGCGGCUUGUUGCUGGUGGCUCUGUUCGUCGCCAUGAAACUCCACUCAAGCCAGUCCAGCUGCGAGGAACCUGCGGCUGGGGCACACAGAUCAACCGACUCAGAGGAGGGUCCCGGUUUGGGAAAUCUCCAGCGGACCAUUCUGAAGAGAUAUAACGGUCUGGAUUAUGACAGCUUCGUCGGGCUGAUGGGGAGAAGGAGCGCUGAAAUAAAUGGUCUACCACCAUCUCCCCAUAAAAGGGAGAUGGACGACGUCUUUGUUGGGCUUAUGGGCAGAAGAAACUCGGAACUUGGUAACAUGCGUCCUUUGAGGAAGGAGGUGUACCCGGAAACAAGAAAAGGAGGUCUAUUCUUUAACAAGUGCAGACUGAGGUUUCGUCGUGGGGUAUAGACAAGACAUUCAUCUGGACCCAUCUCUACCAGACAGCUAAGGCAACAUUCCUUGUCAGAAGAUUGGAGAUAUUAUUAUACAAUASAGAAGAGCAACGAUAUAUUUUACAAAACAAAGUAUUCCGAAAAUGUCAAUGGACCAAACCAACAUAUUACUGUAACUUUCCAGAUGGAUUGUCAUAGUAACUAAUAACUAUACAGUUUGUAUAUAACAUGUAUUGUCACAAAAAAAAUCAGUCACAUCUGAUAAGAUCUAUUUCCUUAACAUAGUGGGUUCUUUUUCUCCAAAAGUUCAAGAUAAAACACUUUUUUGUUGUUGUUGUAAAUUAAAAUAUUAAUUUAA